AUGGAGACGAAGAUCAACUGGGGUGCCCAUAAAUGGGCUCUCUUCUUCUGUGGCAUCUCGACCUUUGGUGCCUUGUGCUACGGCUAUGACCAGAUCUACUACACCGGCGUUCAGGGCAUGACCCCUUUCAUCAAUGACUAUGGUCAGACCACGGACUCGGACGGCAACCCGGCUCUUACAACCUCGUUUCUCUCGCUCACUGCAUCCAUCAUCUACGUUGGAGAACUCGCCGGCGCCUUCAUAGCGGCUCCGAUCAACGACUUCUUCGGGCGCAGGGCUGUCUUUUUCUGCGCCAGCCUCUGUAUCAUCGGUGGAGCGGUUGUUCAGCUGGCCUCGCACGGCUCAGAAGGACUGAUCGUGCUGGGACGUAUCCUCAUUGGUCUCGGCAUCGGUCAGUUCACUGUGACUUGCCUACUAUACAUGGGAGAAAUUGCUCCGACCGCCAUCCGAGGACCUGCCCUCAUGAUGUUUCAGUUGCUGCAGUCUUGCUCGCAGCUAGUCGGAUCGGCAAUCACCCAAGGAACCUCGACUAUAUCCGGCAAGAACUCGUAUCUGAUCCCCUUUGGCCUGCUCAUAGCUUUGCCAGGUCUCAUGAUACUCUUCCUGCCUUUUCUUCCCGAAAGCCCUGCCUGGUACGCUAGAAAGGGAAAGACGGAAAAAGCCAAGAUUGCCUUGGAGCGAAUCAAUCGUAGCAUGCCAGGCUACGAUCCAUCAUGCGACAUGCAGGUCCUUCAAGACGCUAUAGAGCUUGAGAAGCAACUAGCCUCCGAGUCGUCCUGGAGCUCGUUGAUCAUGGACCCUAUCGAACGUCGGAAGGUCAUCUACUCAGCAGGCGCCAUGAUCGCGCAGCAAAUCAACGGCAUCCAGUUCUUCUAUUCGUAUGGUGUCGUCUUCGCCCAGUCGAUUGGGAUGGCUCAGCCCUUCACAAUCUCCCUGAUAACCAACAUUCUGCAGGUGGUUGCUGUCGCCGUCUCCGUCCUACUGGGUAACAAGACUCCCCGCCGCCAGAAUCUCUGGUAUACCACACUGGGGCUUUUCGCGUCCUAUAUCAUUGUCGGUGGUCUGGGUACAACGCGCGACUCCGCCGGGAACUUCAGCUCCUCUGUCAGCAUCGCCAUUGUGGUGUUUUCUUAUAUCGUGAUAGUCUGCUUUAACUUCUCUCUGGGUCCAUUGGCUUACACAAUCAACUCGGAAAUGGCCGUCGGGAGAAACAGAAACAAGAUCGUAUCCGUCGCGAUCUGUUCAUUCUUCAUCACAGUCUACAUCAUCGCAUUUACAGCUCCAUACCUGUACUAUUCGGCUAACAUGGGGCCGAUGAUGUGCUUUGUAUAUGCAGGCACAACACUCAUCACUCUGGCCUACAUCUGGUUUUGUGUCGGCGAGACAACAGGUCGCACUGUUUCCGAAGUUGAGCGAUUCUUUAUGGAUAAGGUCCCAGUGCGUGAGUGGAGGAGUUACACUUUUGUCAAUGCGGUCGAGAAGAAGGCGGCAACCCUGCAUGAACCUGAGAACGAAAAAUGCGAGAAUACUGAGGUCGUAUAG